GGCGUUUGUCUUUUCGUCGGCAGUUAGCUUAGCCGUGGCUGGCUGUGCUACAGUCAGAAGGUAAACCUGUCGAAGUGUCGGUGGAGAUGCCAGUUGCUGGUCCAUGGGUGUGAGCCGACUGGAUAUAUUUUAUAGAAAGCUGCUCCUCACCAAGCUCUUUUUUGGAGGAUGGGGGAAACCUGAAGACCUGAAGAGAAUCUUUGAGUUUCGCAAGAUCAUAGGAGACAGAGAGAGGGGCAAGUCCCUGGUACCUGACGACUACCCAGUGUGCAUUGAUAAGACAGAGGAUUAUAUUGACUGUCAAAUCCAUGAUGGGUUCUUCAUUUCCCCUCUGGAGCACCUGGUUCCUGGAAUCCUGCCCCCUGAGGCUAUCGAGGCCAGGUUCCAGUUCAUAGUUCCUAAAAAGUGGCAGAGGAACAGACCAGUAUGUAUCCAGCUGGCUGGGACUGGAGACCACGAGGUCCAGUCUGAAGAACGUAUCAGACCUGCUUGUGAUGGGAGGAGCUUUGAUCCUGGAGUCCAAUGUUCUUCUCCAUUGGCUAGAGAGGGAAGGAUACUGGCCACUAGGAAUGACUGGCAUCUCUAUGGGUGGAUAUAUGGCGUCUCUGGCAGUGACCAACUGGCCGAAGCCCAUCCCUCUUAUUCCCUGUCUGUCAUGGUCCACUGCAUCCAGUGUCUUCACCAAGGUAAUAAAAAGGGUGUACUGAGUAAAGCAGUGAGCUGGCCAGAGCUGGAGAAGCAGUAUGCCAUCAAUUCCGUAUAUGAAGAAGAAAUCUUUGAGCUGUUGGAAUACUGUGGGGAUGACUCCUUUAAGAUGGGUCAACAACAGUUCAAGAGGUCUCCAGAUGGUUUGGGUUCUCUGAAUCGUUUGCUGGGUCUGUCUGCAUCAUCAGCUGAGCAGUACUUCAAGACAGGAGGAGAUGCUGAAGCUGCACAAGCGCUGCUGACUGCUGGAGGUCAGGGGGCUGGCCAGCAUGGAGCCAGAGUCUGGCCUCCUGUCUCAGCUGGAAACCGCGGUCACAGCGUCCUCAACACGCGGCCAAGAUUCCGUGAUUCAGAGACCGUCUGUGGGACUUCAUGUCAGAAGGAGCCGGUGAGCUUCAUGAAGGGAGUGUUGGACGAAUGCACACAUAUGGCCAACUUCUCAGUCCCUGUAGACACCAGUCUGAUCAUCGUGAUCCAGGCCAGAGAAGACGCCUAUGUCCCUCGUGCAGGGGUCGUCAGUUUACAGGAAAUCUGGCCGGGAUGUGAAGUCAGAUAUCUGAACGGCGGUCACAUCAGCGCCUACCUGUUUAAACAGAAAGUAUUCAGACAGGCCAUCUACGACGCUUUUGACAGGUUCUGCCAGAAGUAUUCCAAGCUGCACUCAAGCCAUCUGUGCCAUCAUGAACCUUCAGCAGCAGAGGAAAGAGAGAAGAAGUGAAGUGAAGUGGCUGGCUGCCUUCAGCCGCCUUAAAUCCUGAUUCUUUCCUGAAGCAGUCGCAUUCCAGAUGGUUCUUGAAAUUCAUUCAGGCUGUUUGUCCCGAGGUGCCACAUGGACUUCUGCAUCAUUUUUAAAAUCAUGUUGAGCCUAAAUUCAAAUAAAUAAUUUAUUCUUACGAAA